GACCAUUUAAGUCAACGACGAAAUAUAACUUUACCCCACCGGCGAACAGACGACAACUGGCAUACGAGGUCCUUUGUCCAUACCCAUCCUCAGCUCUGCAACCCCCCUACCUUCAUCUACCGAAAUACAACGACACCUGACGCAAUUCCCUGCAACGGGCCGCUUCUUCCCCAGACCAUGCACAUUUCGGAAUCGAACACGAGCUUAUGUCAACGCCAUCAAGGCUUACCUCACCCGAUUCGACGCCACAAAAUGCAUGUUUCGCGCCCAGCGUCCUUCCAAUAAAUCUUGUCGCAACGUUGCAUCGUGUAUGUUUAUGUCGAAGCAACGCUGGGAGGGUGCAUGGAGAGUAUCGAAGAGAAAAGAGCAAGGCAUUCAUUGCCCGGGAUGAAGUUCCCGUGUUUCGAGGAUGCCCCUGCGAAUUAUCCAUGCCGACGCUCGGCUCAGCUGAAUUCGAUGUAAAGCACAGGAGAUGUCAUCGAAUCCCUAGUCAGGCGAUUGAAUCUGCCAUGUUUGCAAUACGAUCGGCAGCUGUGGAUCAAUGUUACGUUUUGGAAGACAACUCGUGGUUCUAUUCUUGGAAUCGAGGCGAGGGAUCAAAGCUCCGGAGAAAAAAGGUCGCUUGUGGUUACUUUGACGACACACAUACGAGCAUAAACAUGAGCACAAUAUCUAACGUGUAAACAAGGCAAAUGAGAGAAGAGUGUAAAUCGGGAUUGUUUAUUCAUUACUUCCCAUAUUGAUUCGUACAAUCAUGGGCAUGCGCUGAGGAGCUACACCCUCACCUCGUCCAACUCCGCCUGCAGAUGGUUCGUG